UGUGAGGUACUCAGUCUCUCUCCGUAAGCCAAACGCCAUAAGUGUUUUUCUUAGCAAUAUUCAUAGCUGUCACCAUGUUCCCCAGGGUGAUUUUGAAGGGAACUUUAAUUAAAAAAUCUCAACAGAAGAAGAGAACAUCACCAUGCAACUACAAGGAGAGGUUUUUUGUUUUGGACACCCAAGACCUGAAGUACUCUGAACGCCGCCCGGGAAGAAAGCCCAUGCUGAAAGGUUGUAUCGAGCUGUCCAGAAUCAAAUGUGUGGAGAUUGUGUGUAGUGAUGUUCCCAUACCAUGCGACUAUAAGUACCCUUUUCAGGUUUUUCACAAUAACUACUACCUCUACGUUUUCGCCCCGGACAAUGAUUGCCGUCAGAGAUGGGUCAGAGCUCUGAAAGAGGAGACAAAGCGUAACGAUUUGGUUGCAAAAUACCACCCAAACUUCUGGAUGGAUGGGAAAUGGAGAUGCUGCCAACAAACAGAGAAACUUGCAACAGGUUGUAAUGUGUAUGACCCAGUGGGUAAUGCUUCUAAAAAGCCACUUCCUCAACUCCCGGAUCCAGAGAUGGAACUGCAGGAUGCGGGACAGCGUAUUGUCAUCGCCCUGCAGGACUACAAUCCGCUCAGGAACGACGACUUGCCCCUUCAGAAAGACCACAAGUACACCCUGAUCAACGGCUGCCACAGUGACUGGUGGGCCGUACGGGAUGACAAAGGAAACACAGGCUUUGUACCCAGUACGUACGUAGCUGAAAAAUCUGGCAACAACUUUCAGAGAUUUGAAUGGUACAACAAAAACAUAACCAGAGGGGAGGCAGAGGACUUGUUAAUGAAACAGGGAAAAGAAGGCGCAUUCAUGGUGCGUGACUCGAGACAGGCAGGAGUCUACACAGUGUCAGUCUUCACCAAAGCACCGGGGUCCAAUGGGGAGAAGAACCCAAGAGUGAAACAUUACCAAAUUAGGCAGACAGAAACCGGAGAGGCCAGGUUCUACCUGGCAGAGAAGUACCUGUUCAGCACCAUUCCAGAGCUUAUUCAUUACCAUCAACACAAUGCUGCCGGCUUGAUAACUCGUUUGAGACACCCGGUAUCUCAAGAUGGAAGCUGCUCUCAGGACAUCGCUGAUCCCUCAAAAGAUCAGUGGGAGGUGGUUCCUGAGGAGCUGACCUUGGGUCAGGAGUUAGGCAGCGGCCAGUUUGGGCUCGUGCUGGAGGGGAUGUGGAGGGACAAAAAGGUGGCAGUGAAGACGAUAAGAGAAGAGUGCAUGUCAGAUGAGGAAUUUAAAGAAGAGGCAAGAGUGAUGAUGAGACUGUUCCAUAGUAAGCUGGUUCAGCUCUACGCCGUGCGCACCCAGUGUUCCCCCAUGUGUCUGGUGUUUGAGUUCAUGGACAACGGAUGUCUGUCAGACUACCUGCGAGCCAGGAAAGGGCAUUUGUCUCACGACACCAUGUUGGGGAUGUGUCUGGAUGUCAGUGAGGGGAUGACUUACCUGGAGAGCUCCAACUUCAUCCACAGAGAUCUGGCUGCCAGGAACUGUCUAGUUUCAAAGAACAAUGAGGUGAAGGUAUCUGACUUCGGAAUGACCAGAUUUGUACUUGAUGAUCAGUACACAAGCUCCCAGUGCUCCAAGUUCCCCGUCAAGUGGUCGGCCCCAGAGGUCAUCAAGUACUGCAAGUUCAGCAGCAAGUCUGACAUCUGGUCAUUUGGUGUGCUCAUGUGGGAGGUGUAUAACGAGGGCCGUCUUCCCUAUGAGAACCGCUCUAAUGCCGAAGUUGUGGAGUCCCUGAACAAAGGCCUGAGGCUCCUGAAGCCACGCUUGGCCCCAGACGCCAUACACCUGCUCAUGGAGUGGUGCUGGAAGGAGAAACCAGAAGAUCGUCCAUCCUUUGCUCUCGUCCUGCAUGAUCUGGCCUCCCUCUCAGACCUGUGAAGAUAAGAUUUGAGGUUGAAAACUAUGAAAACAGCUAUUUAUUUUAUUUAUUGCGUUACCAAUUGCUUGCCAAAUGUGUUUCGAAAUAUCAGUGACAUUUCUUUGCUUAAAAUGAUUACAAAACACAAAAUUCAAUGAUUUUGCACUUUAUCUGUUUCAUACUGUAUCUCUGUAUACACUCUAUUCCUGAGAAGGCUAAAACAGUCCAUUCACACAGCUAUUGUUGCUUACUGCAGGUUUAAAUUAAGGUCUCAAAUAAUCUACAAGGGUUCUAUACAUUAAACAGGUGAAGUGGUAAUGUUGUUUAACCCAUUGUUAAUUAAAUGGAUCCAUUGUCAUGAAGUGUACAUGUUUUUCCAUGUAAGUUUUCAGCAUAUUUUCAGCAGUACAAUAAUGAAACUAUU